AAAUAUCUGAAGAGAGAGAGGCAAAGGAAAAAGGCGCACUCUUUCUCUACCGUUAAAACACUCCCGGGGUUCGUGACCCGUAGAAAAGUCCAGAUUUUGUAAUCGAAGCCUCUGCACACUCGCAGCUAUGCUCUACCUACAUAUCGUCUGCCUAUAGCAAGCCCAGCCAUCUUUCUGAUCUUUGUCAGCUCACUGGUUAUAUGACUCCUUUGUGAUUUUAGGGGCCUGGAGAAACUGAGCUUGGUUGUUAAUGUAAAUUUAACCUUUUGAGGAUCAUACCAACCAAGAAUGGGAACAAAGCCAGCUUUAUCUGUUCAAAAACCAUGUGCUGGGCAACUUGGUAACUGUGCGGCGUCUGGAGCUUUAUCUUCUUCUUUGUCUGUGCUUUUGACUUCUGAAGAUGGAAGGUACCCCAACUUUCCUGACUCACACCCUGACUCACAUCAGGGUUCCACGGAGAGGAGGGUAUUCAACCAGCAUCCUCCACCAGUCAUUUCACUAUUGCCUUCCAGCGACGGGGUUGUUGGAUCUAUGUUUUCUUCAUCUUCAGGAUUUUCUAGUGAUCUUCAAUUUUCAUCUAUUCCGCAACAAGAACAACAUCCUUCACAAUCCCCUUUCAUUUCCCAAUCAACAAAUAGCAGUUCUGCCACUUUAGUACAGCAUUCUACUGGUUCUGGAUUUCUCCAACCGACUGCAUCAAGCCAUUCUAACAAGGAUAAUAUGAAAGCUUGGAGUACAGAUGCCCCACCUGAUUUUUUUAAUUUUCAGAAUAGUCAACCGGAUGGUAGCAACAGUUUUGCUGUUGAGGUACCACCCGAGUAUCUUGGUAAACCAGGUGAGUGGCAAGAUUGGGCUGAUGAACUCAUUACUGAUAAUGAUCCUUUGACAUCUGAUUGGAAUGAGAUUCUUGCUGAUGCAAGUAAUGUGGAUCCGGAGCUAAAGUUAUUGCGUCAAAUGUCAAAUCAGUCGACAUGUGUGCCAAUGCAACCCCAAAUAUCCCAGCAGCCUAUUGCUACAUAUAGAGACAUAAGCAGUGCUACUGGGCAAUCAUCCUCCACAAACUCAGCUCAAGCCAAGCAGCGCAUGCGUUGGACUCCCGAACUUCAUGAGGCCUUUGUGGAGGCAGUCAACAAACUCGGUGGAAGUGAAAGGGCUACUCCCAAGGGUGUCCUGAAAAUAAUGAAAGUUGAGAGCUUGACAAUCUAUCAUGUUAAAAGCCAUCUCCAGAAGUACCGUACAGCUAGAUAUAAACCUGAGAGCACAGAAGAAUCUUUGGAGAGAAAAACUUCAAUUGAAGAACUUUCAUCUCUCGACUUGAAAACGGGUAUUGAGAUCACUGAAGCUCUGCGGUUGCAGAUGGAAGUACAAAAGAGGCUUCAUGAACAACUUGAGAUCCAAAGAAAUCUACAGCUACGAAUUGAAGAACAAGGAAAGUACCUUCAGAUGAUGUUUGAGAAGCAGUGCAAAUCAGGGCCAGAGUGGGUCAAGGGGGAUUCAUCUACCAGCGAGGACCCUCUCAAAGAGUUACAGAAUGCAUAUCAAAAUUCACCUAGGAAAGAUAAUUCAGGAGUAGAAACUGAUAAAAGUAUUACGAGAGGUGACUUGGCUAAUAUUCCCUCCGGAUCAGGAGAAGAUUGUCAGAUAGUGGGAGAGAAACAAGAACUGUCUAACACCGAAGUUCAUGAGAAUUCCAGUGUGGAAAUUGAGGAGCAACCAUCAAAGCGUGCAAAAGUGCACGAUUAAGCUCCAUGUUAUCUUCUAGAUGCUAGCAGGACCAAGUUGAUAAACAAAAGACCAGUCCCUAGGGGAAAGCUCUCUGGUUUAACGAAGAUUUGUGUGCAGUGCCUCAUCGUCUCGAAAUUUACUUUUGAGGGUAUCUCAUUCUGAUUGUCGUAGAGGUUCCUUAUAGAUUUUUUCAGUUUUUUCACCUCAGACACUAGCAAUGAGGAAUUUUUCUCGGGAGCUGGAGGCGCCCAAACUAUGCUUCAGAGCUCUGAGACGUGUAAGCUUAUUAUGUCGUAGUGAUUUUAAGCCAUGAUUUAGUAAUAUGGUUUCUGUAAAUAUGAAGUUUCUUUGAACAUGUCAACUGUCAGACAUCUUUGUUAGUUGAGUUUGCUUAGAACUUUUGUCACUGGGCACUAUGCAAAAUAUUUCACCGUGA